GAAACGCCCUUAGUUACGAAAAGCUUGUUGAUCACAGCUUGUAGCUUGUUAGCUGAAUAAGCUAUGGCUUCCAAACACCAGAUUUAUAUUAAGCACAGGACAUAAUAUUUUAUUUAAGUGAUGAAUGUGGCGUUAGGUCCUGAUUGUAGCUGUCGUGUGCGAAAUACUACCCCUUAGUUUAUAGCUAGACUAAGCUAACUACGUUGAAUUGAGAAGUGGAUAAUUAGCUAGGUAGCUAACUGUUAACGCGGAUAACUAACGUCAACGUUACCUAGCCUAGCUGUAACGUUAGCCCUCAGAUCAGAGACUAACGUGAUAGUUCGCAUAUUCUAGCAUGCAAAAUGUUCAAAGCAAAAAUACUAAUUAUUGGACCAAGUGAGUGUGGGAAGACGGUGCUGUCCAAUUUUCUCUCGGACACUGUUGAAACAAUAGGAGGGGACUACAGCCCGACGCAAGGUGUCAGGAUCCUGGAGUUUGAAUCGCAGACUUUGAGUGGCAGUGGGAAAAACGUGGCUUGUGAGGUGGAGCUCUGGGACUGUGCUGGAGACUUAAGGUUUGAGUCCUGCUGGCCAGCUUUAAUGAAGGAUUCCAACGGAGUGGCCAUCGUUUUUAACCCAGAUGUGCCCAGCCAUUUGAAGGAAGCGGAGAUGUGGCAUUCCUCAUUCAUCUCCUCACAAGGUUUACAGGACAGCCAGUGUCUGCUAAUGGCGCAUCACAAACCAGGCAGUGCAGCUGACAACGGACGACCAGUUCUAUCAUCACAGCUGAGCAAGCUGCCCCUGAUUCACUCAAACCUAGAGGAGGAUCCAGAGGAGGUGCGGCAGGAGUUUCACAGAUACCUGGGGUCAAUUGUGAAGACACUGUCAGAAAGCAGGGAGCGUGAGGAGAUGUCAAUAAUCACGUGAAGUUCAAAGACAUGCUCAGGAUUAAUCAUGCCUGUAAAAGGUUCUGAUACAGAGAAGAUAGUCGUUUACAGGAUUUCGUUUGUCAGAAAGAAAUAGGCAAAAAGCUGUGUGUGCAAGCAUGCCUCUCUACCAUUGAUAAUUCAAAAUAGCAUGUUUAAUAGGCCUACACUUUUCACAUACAAAAUGACACCAAAUCCUUUAUAAGAUAAAUCUCUUGUUUUUGAUUGUUA